AUGAAAUUGCUUGCUUUAUCAGAAAAAACUGGUUAUAACAUCGUACAACAAAAUGGACAACGGAAAUAUGGACCUCCACCUGGAUGGGUAGGACCACCACCACCGAAAGGAUCUGAAAUAUUCAUAGGAAAGUUACCAAGAGAUGUAUAUGAACAUGAACUUGUACCACUAUGCGAGCAAUUUGGAAAGAUCUAUGAGCUCCGUUUAAUGAUGGAUUACAAUGGAGAAAAUCGUGGAUAUGCAUUUGUAACAUAUACAAAUAAUGAAGACGCUUCCAAAGCCAUUAAAGGAUUGGAUGAUUAUGAAAUUCGUCCUAAUCGCCAUAUUGGAGUAUGCAAAUCAAUCGACAACUGCCGUCUAUUUAUUGGUGGGAUCCCUAAAGAUAAAAACAAGGAUGAAAUAAUGAAUGAAAUCAGUAAAUUUACUGAAGGUGUAUCAAAGGUGAUUCUUUAUAGCAGCAUUUUAGAUAAAACGAAGAAUAGAGGAUUUGCUUUCGUAGAAUAUGAAAGUCAUCGAGCCGCAGCUAUGGCCAGACGUAAGCUUAUAGCUAACAGUGUGAAGCUUUUUGAUCAUGAAAUUGCUGUUGAUUGGGCUCAACCAGAAGCACAAGUUGAAGACGAAACAAUGAGAAGGGUCAAAGUACUUUACGUACGUAAUUUAGCACCUAUAACUACUGAAGAACAGCUCCUUCUUCUGUUUUCAAUGGGUGGUGCUUUAAGAGUUGAGAGAGUGAAAAAAAUGAGGGAUUUUGCAUUUAUUCACUACAGCAAAAGAGAGGAUGCCGAAAGCGCCCUUCAGAAAUUUGAUGGUGUUACUGUUGAUGGUUGUGCUCUUGAAGUGACAUGGGCAAAGCCUCCUGAAACUCAGAAGACUCGAUCCCCUACUGAUAAAAGAGAUACCUUAGCAAAUCUUUAUCGACAUCUUGGUUAUGACAACUUUGAUCACAGUUUUGACUUUAGCCUUUUGCAAAAUGCAGGAUCAGGUUUUCCUAUGUUUUCUAAGGGAAAUGCACGAUCUAGAUUAUCAAUACCUACCUUUCCAAACCUGAAAAACUCCUUUACUAUUACUAGACCAAUCCAGCUUUUGAAUUAUAUUUGCCUUGAAAAUGGAUGGGGUGAACCUGAAUAUCAUGUAUCUUGCAUUGAAUCUGAACCUUCUGAGCUGUUUUUUGUAUGUUGGGUUCUUAUUCCUGGAUUUCCUUCUCAACAUCAAAAGUUUAUGUCUGACAAAGUUAGUAAAUCUCCUGAAGAAGCACGAUAUUGUGCAGCAUCUUAUGUGUUGAAGAAACUUAACAUCACUGAUAUUGAAGGUCCUGUUGUAUCACCACCGCCCUCAAUGAGCAAUUCUAAUUCUUAUACUAAUUUUUGUAAGAAUAUGGCCUCUACUAAUAGUGGUCUGGGCUUAACAAAAUCAGCUAAUAUUUCUAAUUUAGGAUUUUGUUCAUCACCUAAAACUGUUCCUGCAACCAAAUGUUUGAAAUCUCAAUUUCAAAUGCCUUACUGUUUUGGUGAGCGAGGUCAAGGAGAUGUUGGUAAUUUUAUGUCGAGCUCUCCAACAAUGGAUGGUUGUACUUUUGAUGAUCUUGAUAGUGCUUCUUCGUUGUUGGACCCUAAUACUCCCAUAGAACCAAAUAGUAUUCUGGGGCUUAUUGCAUCAAUGGCUGCAGCCUCUACUAAUAAUGAAAUGCCUAUGUACAAUAAGCCAAAGCUCUGACUUAUGUCAUUAGUUUUUGAAUGAAUUGUUUCAUUUGUUUCUUUGUAUAUUCCUUAUUUCAAUAAGUUUAUGCGUAUAUUCUAAAAAUGAAAAA